AUGGAUGCUGUUGUGGACGGCGUCCGCGUGGUUCGGGAGGGAUGGGCUCCUCGAGCCUGGCUCGCACGUUUCAGGCUGCUUCCCGUGGCUCCGAAUCGCUAUGUGGAUGAGAGGUCUCUGUACGCCGUCAGGGACAUGAUCAGGGAGCACUUGGUGUCUCCGUUUCCCUUCCACAUCAAGAUGUUGCUCUCAUUGCGCAUUCAGAGGGUGAACCGCCAGUCCGGCGAGCUCGAGGAGGACGACUUCAUGCAGCGCCAGCGGAGCACGCUUCCUGGAAGCGACUGGGUCGUGGACGGCAUCAGCUGGAUCGACGUACUGGUUGCUCCUGGCCUGGAGAACGUUCCUGCUCCAGGGGUUGGCGGAGGCCGCGGCGUGGAACUGCCAUCGUCCUUAACAAACCAGAAGGGCAUCUGGAAUCCUCAAGUUCGCGGGCGAUGCUUCGAGUGGUGUCUCAUGGCCGCCUUCCUGGAGAUUGGGAGUUUGGACAGCCGCGCCCGGCUUCACACGACUCGAUGCACGGGGCCGCCCUUCUUCGCUGAGGCUCGAGGGCGAGGGCGACCUGGAGCUCACGAUCGCCGUCAGCUCCUCGAUGUGGGCCUGGACUUCAGCGCCGUGGACAUGGACUUCGUGCCGAUCGAGGCCAUCACGGGCUUUGAGCUCUCGAAUCUCGGUCGCGUGGAGGUGGUCGUCUACCAGUGGGUGGACCAGGUGCAGCGGGGCAAGAGACGUGUGGGAGAGACUUUUGUGAGGACCCCUCCAGAAGUUCUUCAAGCCAGAACGGACGGCACGCGCUUGGUGCCGCUGCUGCUGUACGAAGACCACUACGUCUUGAUAAUCUACAGUUUCAACGCCUUUGCAAGCCAACAGGGGCAGCAGACCGAGGUGAAGCACCGUCGAUCCCACGUCUUGCACGUUUGUGCCAUCUGCAGGUCGAACUUCAAGUCCGAGCUAGCGCUGCGGCAGCACUUCAAGGUGGGGCAGUGCCGGGCUGAUUUCGAGGGCAGAACUUCCCAGAUUGCCAUGCCCUUCGCUAAAUGCAGCGUGCUGCGGUAUCGUACCAAAGUUUCCUGCGAGCUAUCGCCCUUGAUGGUCUACGCGGACUUCGAGGUCUUCAGCAAGGCCUGCUCGGACGCCUCUGCUGCGUUGGUGUCUCAGACAAGAGUCGCGGCCGUCGGCUAUGCGGCCGUGGGAGUGUGCGGAUACGAGCCCCCUGAGGAGCACCGGCUUUGCUUGAUCCACGCACAGCCCGAUGACCACGAGUGCGCCGUGGUGAUCAAGUUCCUCGCGGCCAUGGUGAACCUCGCCGACCAGUUCAAGAAGUCGAUAAAGACCGGCCAAAAGAAGCUGGUCUGGCAGCCGGGUGAAAGGGAAGCUCAUCGCGAUGCUAAAGCUUGCCGUGAGUUCCGGAGACUUUUCGACUCCAAGAAGAAGGGCUGUGAGAAGGAUUUCCACUUCUUGCUGAGAGGCUUCGCAAAGCUUAAGCACGCUGCUUUGACGGCUGCUUCCGCGAGGCCUGAGAAGGAGAAACCCUCGAGUUCCUUCACGGACCGCCGCAAGCUGAGAACGUUUAGCGUCAAGGAGCUCUCUCGGCGGGUUCAGAAGGUCAAGCUGCAGACGCUGGUCGACGCGCUUCCGAAGGCCGUGGUCGACACACUUCGAGAUUGCAAAGUCUCCGUCUCCAUCCUUCAAAAGAGUGGCGAGACGAACUUGACGCUCGACAUAGGCCGCCUGAGGUUCAUCGACACCAUGAACUUCUGCAAGGCCGGUCUGGGAAAGCUGAUCAAGUCUCACAAGCGUUCGGCCCUCAAAAGCGGUCGACCUUCGAGGUCAUCUCAGGCUUCUGGGCUGGAGAGGGCGCACCUCGUCCUCAAGCACGCUCGGAAUUCUGCCGAUGGCACGGACGCCGUGUGGGAGGCCCUGCUGCGCAAGCUGCCCAUGUCUUGGUGUUUGACUGUUAUCUCGCCCAUCACGGCCUACGCCGACCUGAUGCAGAUCUUCCGGCGGCACUUUUUCAGCACUCACCACAUCGACCCGUUCCUCUACUCUUCGCUACCUUCGGCGUCUUGGAAGGCUGUUCUCCGGGGCAGCACUCAGCGGCGUGGCCGGCAGUUCCGCCUCAUCACCGAUGUGGACGUGUACAAGGCGGUCAAGCAGGCCAUGAUGUGCGCGGUGUUCCGACUCCACAGCAAGUCGAACUUCGAGGGCUUGGAGCAUUACGACGCCAGUCAGCCUGUCAAGAGGAGUUUGUAUCUGGACAUCAACUCGAUGUACCCGCACGCCAUGACCAAGUAUCUACCCUGCUCGAGCGGAGAGCGGUGGGAGACGGCCUACCUGCUGUUCGUGGACUACGACUACUCCGAGGAGCUGCACGACGUUUUGGACUUCCCGUCCCCGUGUCGGCUCGCAGUUCCUCCUUCAGAAGUCGGCCCCUACAUGAAGAACUCCAUGGAGCCGGGCAAGCCUGUGGAAAAACUUGUCCCCUAUCUUGGAAUGCACCGCUGCGAGGGAAUCCACGGCAAGCGCCUGCGCUUCCUGCGCAACCACCUCGGCGCUCGCAUCUGGAAGCUUCACAAGGCCUACUCGUUCGACACCCAGCCCAUCCUCAAGGAUUUUAUGGAGAGGACCGUGCAGAACCAGGAGAAGUACCUCAACACCAAGUACUACUUCGACCCUGUCUCCUUCAGCCGCACUCAAGCCGACGCCGCGGUCGCAGACUUCAACACGGAAAUCUUUGAACCAGAUGCUUUCUUGGACACGGUGCGGAGGGUGCGGGAUGCCAAGAGGAACGUCAACCGCAGCCCGGUUCAGAUCGGGUGGGGAGUCUUGGAGUUGUCCAAACUCCAUUCUUGUGUCCAGUACUGGGCCGGCAUCAAAGCAAACCUGAAGUUGCCUGUGGAGUUCGACCUCAUCGGAGACCUCGACGCCGACGAAUUCGAGCAGCUGUAUCGCGGAAAGAUCACGGAGUCCGCGUUGGCAAAGCUGCGACAGCUUCGUAGCAAGCUCGACGCUCUCUCGAACGAGUGCUCCAAGCACGUGAUCUUGAGUGUAGUCUGCUUGGCGGUCAAGAAGUAUGGCAUCUGGCAUCGAGAGUAUCUCCGGAUCUACGAGGAGAAUGCAAUCAAGCGCGACAGUUCCGCCCAGCUGCGUUCUUCUCAUCAUCAUAUCCGCGCGGUGGUAGAGUGCAAGAAGACGUUUGGGGUGCUGAACGACAAGGCCUACCAGUUGACCAAAGAAUUCUGCCGGCCUUUGGGGCACUGGCGCAACGCCUUCGCGGACUUGUGGCAGCAGAUUAAAGGGAGAGCUCACGUCUUCGACCGGAUCAUGGAGUUCGCUCGCGGGUCUUUGCCUCCCAUGCAGGCUGAGUGGAGGCAGCCCGUCAGAGACUUGCUGAAGAAGAGUCGCCGUUGA